CCCCCCCGUGCCCAGACCGGAGCCGCUGCCGGAGCACGAAGCCGCCCGGACAGGUCCUGAUGCCGUCCUGAGCCCCGCCGGGCGCGGGAGAUGUACUGAGCGGUGCGGGGUCUCUGCGGGGCGGAACCCCCCCCCGCCAUGGCGGAGGGGGGGGCUCUGCCGGUGGCCUCCUGGUUGGCCGCCCUCCACCUCGACCAGUACGUGGAGAGUUUCCAGCGGAGCGAGCUGUGGACGGUGUGGGAUUGCCGGGAGCUGACGGACCAGGAGCUUACCCGGCUCGGCGUGGUGCUGCCCGGCCACCGCCGCCGCAUCCUCUUGGGGCUCCAGAAAGCCUUCGCCGAGACCCCUCCCCAGGCCGGGACCCCCCGCCCCCCCCCCCGAAAACCCGUGCCCGUGAAACGCCACGUCUUUCGCCUGAGCGCCGCGACGGUGCCGGAGGAACAACCGGAGCGGGAGUCCUGGGAGGUGCCCGGGGUAUCCCCACUUCUGGAGCAAGAAGGAGGGGUGAACUUCACCCAGCUGCCCCCCCCCAUCCCACCCAGGGUGGGCUGCCGCCCCCCACUCAAAUUCUCCUCAUCGCUAACGGGGAGCAGCCCCCCGGACCCCCCCUCACCGCCGGCCCUGGCCGAGAAGCCCCCGAGACCCCCCCCCGUGCCACCGCUGCCGGCCAAGCGUCACCAGUUGGAAGCCAAGUGCCAGUCCCAGGAGGGCCCCCCCGCCCCCCCCAGCCGCCCGCCGGUGCUGCCCCCGAGGGCCGCGUCCCAGAGGAGCAUCCCAGACAAAGAAGAGGUCCCUGACCCGCCCCGAGCACCUGGCAUCCCCCCAGCCCUCCUUCCCCGCACGAAACCGCCGGCCCCGCUGCCGCUGGAGCUGCCGUCCAAGGCCAACCCCCUCUUCGUGCCGGAGUUCGAUGACUCGGACUACGAAGACUCUGCCUGGGAGGAGGAAUUAGCCGGACCCGCGGGGGAAAUGGCCGACAAGGAGGAUGCUGAGCCCGUGACGGGGCGGCCGCGGUCCCUGCGUGUCGACAGCCUCUUCAGCGAGGAUGAGCUGAUCGAGGACUACUACGAUGCUCCCCGCGCCAACGGUGGCAGCGGCUGGAGGGACCACGGCAGCAGCCCCGGCACGCUCGGUGACAGCAUGGAGGGCACUGCCACCCCGCUCUCGCCCACCAUCAAAGCGGGGUGGCUGGACAAAAACCCGCCACAGGGGUCCUACAUCUACCAGAAGCGCUGGGUGAAGCUCAACGCCGACUACCUCCGCUAUUUUGACAGUGAAAAGGACACCUACUCCAAGCGGUUCAUCCCCGUCUCCUCCAUCUCCCGCAUCGCCAGCGUCGGCGAUCAGAAAUUCGAGGUCAUCACCAACAACCGCAACUUCGUGUUUCGGGCUGAGAGCGACGCGGAUCGUAACGAGUGGAUCCGGACCCUGCAGCAGAUCGCGGAGGAGCGGAAGAGCAAAGCUCCGGAGAGGACGCCGAUGUACCCGGCCACCAAUGGGGCCACCGACCCGGCCGACAAGAGCGGCUUCCUCGAGCUGCGGGGGUUCAAGCACAAGCUGUUCGUGGCGGUGGCGGGGGACAAAGUUUUUCUCUAUAAGAACGCUGAGGAUUAUCGGCUGGGGAUCGGCAUCACCUACAUCGAGAUGAACGUGGGGAAUGUCAAGGAGGUGGAUCGCCGGGGCUUCGACCUCACGACGCCAUACAGGACUUUUAGUUUCUCCGCCGAUUCGGACCAGGAGAAGGAGGAGUGGGUGGAAGCCAUGCAGCAAUCCAUCGCCGAGGCUCUCUCCAACUCGGAGGUGGCCGAGAGGAUCUGGGCGGUGGAAUCCAACCGCUUCUGCGCCGACUGCGGCUCGCCCAAGCCCGACUGGGCUUCCAUCAACCUCUGCGUCGUCAUCUGCAAGAGAUGCGCAGGGGAGCACCGGGGUUUGGGCCCCGGCAUCACCAAAGUCCGGAGCCUGAAGAUGGACAGGAAGGUGUGGACGGAGGAGCUGAUCGAGCUUUUCCACCAGCUCGGCAACGCUGUGGCCAACCAGUUCUGGGCCGCCAACGUGCCCCCCAGCGAGGCCAUCGCCCCCCCCAGCAGCAGCCAGGAGAGGAGGCGCUUCCUCAUCGCCAAAUACCGGGAGGGCAAGUACCGCCGCUACCACCCGCUUUUUGGCAACCAGGAGGAGCUCAACAGGGCUCUGUGUGCGGCCGUCACCACCAGUGACCUGGCAGAGACGCAGGCUCUGCUCUUCUGCGGGGCGGCCGUGACCUGUGACACGGGGGACCCCCAGUACCCCACGCCCUUGGCCUUGGCUGAGAAGAGCGGGCAGAGGCUGCAGAUGGAGUUCCUGCUCCACAACAAAAACUCCGAGACGCCGCGCCUGGAGGUGGGGGGCAGCGAGGAGAAGCCCUACUCGGUGCCCCUGCCCUCUGUCACCCACAACGGCUUCCUCUACAAGACUCCCUCCAUGGCCAAGCCCGUCAGCGAGAGGAAGGGCCAGGAAGAGUUCAGCCGGCGGUGGUGCACGCUGCAGGAUGGCGUCCUCAGCUACUACGAGAACGACCGCAACGCCGUGCCCAACGGCGAGGUGAAGGUGGAGGAGAUCGUGUGCCUGGUGAGCAACCCGCCCCACGCCCACGGGAUCGAGAGCACGUUCGAGGUCUACAUCGAGUCGGAGAGGCUCUAUCUCUUCGGGCUGGAGAGCCCCGACUCCGCUCGGGAAUGGCUCAAAUCCAUUGCCAAGUCCUUCGUCCCCCCCCGCGCCGAGGAGCUGCUGGCUCUCGAUUUCGAGCGCGUCGGCCGGCUCUACUACAAGGGUGGCCUCAACCUGGAGCGAGCCGAGGAGGGCUGGUUCGCCCUGGCCGGCUCCGCGCUCCACGUCUGCUUGGAAGGCGGCGAGCGGCAGGAGCCUCUCCAGCUGCGCAAGCUGCAGGAGCUCUCCAUCCAGGGAGACAACGAGGUGUUGGUGCUGGUGGAGAGGCGGAGGACUCUGUACAUCCAAGGGGAGAGGAAACUGGAUUUCCUGGGCUGGGUCCAUGCCAUCCAAAAGGCCGCGGGCAGCUCAGGGGACACGUUGUCGGAGCAGCAGCUGACCGAGUCGGACGUCCCGCUGCUGGUGGAUCGCUGCAUCGACUACAUCACCCAGUGCGGGCUGACGUCCGAGGGCAUCUACCGCAAGAGCGGGCAGAACUCCAAGACCACCAGCUUGCUGGAGAUGCUGCGCCGGGACGCCCGCAGCGUCCGGCUGAAGGAGGGGGAGCAUCAGGUGGACGAUGUCGCCAACACCCUCAAACGCUUCUUCCGCGACCUUGGCGAUGGGCUCUUCACCGGGCGGUGGGGCCAGGACUGGCUGCGGGCGACUGGGCUGGAGGAUGAGGAGGCAAAGAUUGGCGAGUACCGGCGGCUCCUGGGCACCCUCCCCACGGUGAACCGGGCCACGCUGAAGACGCUCAUCAACCACCUCUUUCGGGUCCAGCUCUUCUCCGGGGAGAAUCAGAUGAACACGCACAACUUGGCCAUCGUCUUCGGGCCCACGCUCUUCCAGACGGACGGGAAGGACUACAAGGCAGGCCGUGUGGUGGAGGACCUCAUCAGCCACUACGUGAAGAUCUUUAAUGUCAACGACCAAGAGAUGAAGAAGCAGCAAGAUGAGAUCAUGGCCAUCAUGAAGAUGCGGGAGGCAGCGUCCAGUGGGACGCAGCAAGCCGGGGACUUCAUCUGUACCGUCUACCUGGAGGAGAAGAAGACGGAGGCAGAGCAGCACGUCAAGAUCCCGGCCACGAUGACGGCUGAGGAGCUCACCUUCGAGAUCCUGGACCGGAGGAAAAUCGUCAUGAAGGAGAAGGACUAUUGGAGCUGCUUUGAAGUGAACGAGAGGGAGGAGGCAGAGCGGCCCUUGCACUACUCGGAAAAGGUCCUGCCCAUCCUGCACGGGCUGGGGACGGAGAGUUACCUGGUGGUGAAGAAGCAGAUGUCCAUGGAGAACAUGCUCAUCUACCUCGCCAGCAGAGUGGGUGACUGCAAGCACGGCAUGAUGAAAUUCCGGGAGGAGAGGAACCUGCUGGGGCUGGGCCUGAGCACUGGCUUCCACGACCGCUACUUCAUCCUCAACCACACCUGCCUGCGCCUCUACAAGGAAGUGCGGAGCCACAAGCCGGAGAAGGAGUGGCCCGUCAGGAACCUGAAGGUUUACCUGGGUAUCAAGAAGAAGCUUCGACCCCCGACGUGCUGGGGCUUCACCGUCCUCUACGAAACCGAGAAGCACGAGAAGCAGCAAUGGUACCUGUGCUGUGACACCCAGGCCGACCUGCGGGAGUGGUUCGCCACCUUCCUCCACGUGCAGAACGGCGGGGCCCUGUGGCCCUCGGACACCUCCAAGGUGCGGGCGUCGCGGUCGCAGCCGGACUCCAGGCUGGGGAACAUCUCCCUCAUCCCGCUGCGGGGCAACGAGAGCGAGAUGAGGAACAGUGUGGCUGCUUUUGCUACUGACCCCCUAACCCUCCUGCGAAACGUCUGAGCUGGAGGCCUGACACGCUGGUUCGUCCGCAAGCGGGGAUCCCCUCAGGGACCCCCCAUCAGCCCCGCACCCCAGUACCUGCUGGGGGUCCCACCAGCUCCAGAACCUCCUCUGGGCCUUCUUUGCCACCUCCCUCGCCCCCCCCCCCCCCUCAGUGGCUGACGGGCAACCAAGAGGGGAAAGAACAGCGAGGCCACCCACGCACCCCUGGAGCUGGGCUCAGGAGCCCACGGGGACCAGGCAGUGCCAGCCCCCCCCGGCCCAGCACAGCCAUGGGGGGUGGGGGGUGCUGCAGCCGUUUUGGGGCGGGGGGGAGGGGCUCUUGCUUUUCCUCUCUUUUUAGAAGUCUCUUUCCUUUCCAAUGACACUCCCGGCGGGAUGCAUUCCCGUGGGAUGCGCCCCCGGAGCAUCACGGUGCUCCCAUCACUCUUGGGGAGGGGGGGGAGCCCAUCUUUGAGGUCCCCUCCCUGCGGCGCAGGGCAUCAAAAGCCUCCGGGUCCCCCCCCCAAAUUGAGGAGGGGGGUAGGGGUGCAUCCGACCUCUGGUGCCCCCCACCCCGUGGCUCCAGGCUCUGCUGGAGGUGGAGGGGACAGGGUGGGGGGGUGGCAGGAGCUGCCCCCGCUUCCCGCCGCCGCCUCUUGAUGAUAUUAAAGGUCUUGGGGAAACGGGG